UGCCCUGUGGUGUGUUUUUGUGGACAAGGGCACCCGCCGCUGUCACAGUCAAACGUUAUUUUCUCACAUGAGAGUCAAACAUGGCGAGGUUUCUGAGGCCUAACAUCAGGAGCUUUGUCACGUCACAGCUGAGAAUGUCAUCCGACCAGUUUGGUGAACUGGGUAAAGGUGCAGGGAAAGGCGGUGGAGGUGGAGGGUCCAUCAGAGAAGCAGGUGGAUCCAUGGGAAAGAAGCAGGCUGCUGAGGAGGAGAUGUACUUCAAGCGUAAGGAGCAGGAGCAGCUGGCUGCAUUGAAACAGCACCACCAGACGAAAUUGACCACCACAAGAAAGAAAAUUGAACGUCUGCAACGGGAGAUUGACCGCCAUAAGGGAAAGAUCAGGAAGCUUAAACACGAUGACUGAGUGAAACUUUCAAAGAUUCCAGUUUCAGAUUCCCUUACCAUCCAGGCAGACGCUUUGGUAAUUAUCAGAUUGCUGCAUGCACUGUCACCGGACAGUCAUGAAUGUGUGAGUGAUUGUUCUGUAAAUGCUUGAAAGUAUUAAAAAUGGUCAGAAGAUAAUUUAAGCUAAAUUUCCAUGGCAUGCUUGACAGCUUUUCCACCUUUUCACUUCUUUGUUGUGGAUCAGUGUGUUUUCAUAUUGCAUGUCAAAGUUAAAUAGUCAACAAUAAAAUUAUUUUCAGUGCUUCAUAAGGCAAACACUCAACUCGUCUUAUUUGAAGUGUGUAUAAAUAAAUCUGUACUGUAAAUGGUAA